UUUGUUACCACACACAUCUUUACUCUUUCAACCGUAAAAUCACUUGACCAAUUAUAUAGGACAUUCAUUGAGUCCAGGAUAUUAAUGGAAGUGGUUCAUCGCCGCAAAGCAUCCAAAGUUUCACCAAAAGUAGAAGAAGAUGUUAUUAGCACGAUGCCAGAGGAUGUGAUCGUUAACAUUAUGGAGCGUUUGCCGUUAAAAGAUGCGGUGGGGACUAGUAUUUUGUCCACAAGUUGGAGAUUUAAGUGGACUCUUCUCACUCGACUCAUCUUUGAAUAUGAGUUUUUCUCUAGUUUAGGUAAACGAAAAAUCCACUUUGAUAAAACUAAUAUAAGUAGAUUUCUCCUUCAUCUUAAAGGUCCAAUUACAAAAUUUGCCCUCAGUUAUACUGAUCAUGACAUCAAAGUAGAUGUUGAGGAUAUUCAUCAUUGGGUUAUGCUCCUUUCUAGAAUAAGAGGACUUAUGGAACUCACUUUAAUGUAUUGGAAUUCAAAACGGGCAGUAAAGCUGCCUACUCAUCUUUUCUCUUGUCUAGACUUGAAACUGCUGUACCUUCGUAACUUUGUUUUGCCUCCUUUGCCUUAUGUUCGUGGUUUUCCAAAGCUGUUGAGUUUAGACUUGCAUAAUGUCAGUAUUCAAGACCACAGAUGUGGGGAAUUAAUCGCCCAAAGCCCCUUACUUGAGACUCUGAACAUUUUGAAUAAGAAACUUAGAGGGGAAGUAAAAUUGGUUGAGAUUGCAAAACUCAAAAAUGUCAAGAAGUUAAGUUUGUCAUUGUGUUUGCUUGACAAUAUGACCAUGGUCAGACUUUCCUAUGUCUUGCAGCAUUUUUCUCUUCUUCCAAGACUCCAGGAGCUUUAUUUAUGUUUUUAUGAGUGCAAGUUCUUGCCAGAAGAUGGAACUCAAAAUCCAGUCUCCAACACCUUCCCCUUCCUCAAGACUCUUACAUUGCGCCAUAUCGAUUUUAGCAGUAAUUCCAUGUUAUCCUGUGCUUUUGGGAUGCUUUUUGGCUGUGUAAAUUUGCAGACUCUCGAUAUCACUCCUAUAUACAAGAAUGUUGUUCCACUACCUGCCAUAUUUUCUCCAGAGGUGGACUGCAGCACAAUGGGUCGGCUGCAGCUUCGGAAUGUGAAGUUAGCUCAUAUAAGAUGUUUGGAAAAUGAACUAUGUUUGAUCAAGUAUGUUUUGGCUUGUUCUUCCAUGCUGAAGAACAUUGUUAUCAACUCGUGUUUGGACAUCGAUGAUGUCAAUGAGAAGAAUGAGCUUUCUAGCAAGCUGUUGAAGCUUCAUCGAGCCUCCCCAAUAGCAGAGAUUAUCUUAACUUAUACUCGUGUAUUCUGGACGACCUAAAGAAAUAGACUUCUUGUAUUGUAAUAUAGUGUUCCGGCUCAAUUUUUGCUCACCCCUACCCAAGGGUGUGGGGUCUGGGCUUUCAUCGUAGGAACAAAACCUGAACAUCACUCGAUAAAGGCACCAAACUAUUACAAUGCA